AUGAAAAAUGAUGUGUUUGAGCAGGGCAAGGCAGAUAUACAGGGGGAAAUCAAAUAUGAGAUAAAAGAGACUGGGAGAUGGAUGGCAGAAGAUUAUGAAAAAAUAACAAAAGGGAGAAAAAGACCACUUAGAGACUCAAAAACUGGAGAAUGGGAAACUGGGAGAACUGGGAGACGGGAGACGGGAGACGGGAGACGGGAGACGGGAGACGGGAGACGGGAGACGGGAGACGGGAGACGGGAGACGGGAGACGGGAGACGGGAGACGGGAGACGGGAGACGGGAGACGGGAGACGGGAGAUGGGAGACGGGAGACGGGAGACGGGAGAUGGGAGACGGGAGACGGGAGACGGGAGACGGGAGACGGGAGACGGGAGGCAGGGAAAAAUAG